AUGCUUCUUUUUGGCUUUGGAGUCUUGAACGCUGGCCCUGGUCGACGACUAGGUGUAAUGUUGCAGGGACGCUCAGCCAAGAGUUCCCGGAUUGAACGUACUCGUUUCAUACCCUCCACCGCUAAUACUCCACUGUUGCAGUUACGCACAGUAGGAAUCACUACUCAGGGUCGCACUCAACUACAUACACAUUAUGUUCCCGCUCCCUCUCUCUCCAUUUUUGACUCCUCAGAUGCUGGUUCUGACGCAGGCCCGUGGGAUGGUUGGGAUGAAUUGUCCCUGGAACAAGAGGAACCACAAGAGAUUGAUUGUCGGCUUGACAAACGCAAACGCACUGCUGCGGAUACACCAUUGCUAGCAUGGAUCCCCGAGCGUCAGGCCUUCCUGGAUGAAACCUUGCGCCUUGAAGGUCGUGGAAAUGCAGGGAUCUCAUGUCGUUGUGGCCUUGCUGCACCCCUUUUCAGAUGUCGUGAUUGCUUCAGCACACAAAUGUUUUGUCAAGAGUGCGUGCUUCAAAGUCACGCGAAUAAUUCUUUGCACAGGAUUGACAUGUGGAACGACUUAUUUUUCCAGCGCAGCACCCUGAAACAAAUGGGUCUUCGUGUGCAGCUAGGACACGAGCCAGGCGAGACAUGCUACAACCCUCGUCCCUCGGCUGGUGAUGACUUCGUUGUCAUCGACGUCCAUGGUGUGCAUGAGAUCGCACUGGACUUUUGUGGCUGCGCAAGCGCUCAAAUCCGCUACAAGCAGUUACUUCGCGCACGAUGGUAUCCAGCAACUACGUCGGAUCCUCGGACUGCUGCAACCUUUACUCUACUGGAGCACUUCCACAUCCUGUCUUUCGAGAGCAAGGUGUCAGCGUAUGAGUUCUACCAUUCACUAGCGAGACGAAACAACAACGCGGGCCUGUCGCACAUACAAGAUCGUUACUCCGCAUUCAUGCGUAUGAUUCACGAAUGGCGACAUCUCAGGCAACUCCGUCGUGCAGGGAGAGGCCACGACCCUGCUGGCGCCAAGGCCACGACUGCAGGCAAAUUAGCCGUGCUGUGUCCGGCAUGCCCCCAUCCUGGCAAGAAUCUACCGCAAGACUGGCAGAAUGUGCCAUUAUUGGUUAGGUGGAAAUACGCUCUAUUCAUUGCAAUUGAUGCCAACUUCCAGCUCAAACGCAAGGUAGUAUCUUCGGAUAAUAGAGAUCCCAGCCUGAACUCUGGGUGGGCUUAUUUUGUCGAGGAGGCAGCGUACAAGUCAUAUUUGGCUGAUCAAGCUGGCGCAAAGCAAGAUCGCAGUACAUGUGUUAGUCAUAAUGCCAUCAAUAUGGCAGACACGAAGUCUUCGCAUGGCCUGGCGGCAACAGGCGUUGGCGCAGUCGAUUGCGCCAGGCAUGACAUGAAACUUGCGAAUGGGGUCGGUGACUUGCAGAAAGGCGAAAAAUACAUUAACAUGGAUUAUCUCGUGUUCUUGGCACUCCUGGCGUUCACGGUAACGAUGAUCAAUAUGUCUUACGACAUCGCAUGCCAGUGGCAUAAAAAUCUUUGGACAUGUAUGGAAGCUAUGCCGCCGAGGUUACACAUUUCUCAUACUUCCAUGACCGUCCGGUUUUUUGCUCCUGAGUGCGGAUGGUCCAAUAUAAACCGGGUCGCGACGAGCACAAAGGAAAUGGGUCCGGGAUCGUGUCGUGAUACCCUCGAUGAUCACUUCGGGGAUUGGAACUGGAAGAAAGUUACGGCACUAGGCCGGACUCUCUUGCGCAAGAUCAGUGACGCUGUUAAGUGGAAGAGGGAGCAUGGGGAAGGACUGGCGGAGCUAGAGAGGACCAUUCAGCCUAUGCUCAUCCUUCAGUGGAGGAAAGAGGUCGAGGCUUGGGAGGAGGAUGGCUCUCAAUCUAUCACACAAGCCGCAGUGCGUCUACGGCUCGCUGAGCUUGAAGCCGACGAACUUCAGGCUGGGACCAACACUGAUAUGGCCAAUGCGUCUCUUCACCCCACGGACAAGCAGAAGACUGCUAUGCAGACCUGUGUCACUGCCCUUCAACGUCGGCUGGAUGCUUGGGCUCAUGUCCAGGAGUUAUAUAUGCCCAUCGUGUCCCAGUUUCGUCAACGAUCUUCAGAAGCUGGCGUGACGAAUACGAUGCCGCUCAAGCCCGAGAGCUUUAAGCUGUGGCUCCCGUCUGAGCUCCAACCAACAGUAUCAUGUGACAAGAAGCUGGCUGCACACGAAUGGGACCUACGGCACACACAGGCACAGGAUGCUCUCAACGAGGUCUGUUCACAUCUCCGGCUUCGGUCUCAUAUGUAUAUCUAUAAAGAUAGAAAUGUGCGCGGUCAGGCAGCUUCUACCCAUGCACAGGCCCUCAUCGAAGGCGUGGAGAUGAGAAAAUGGGCUAGUGUUGACAAGUAUCGACGUGCACGUAACGCUCUGUUAGCUCUCGGCUAUCGACUCGAUAAGUCGGGCUGGGACAUUUCCCUUCCACCACUCUUGGAUUCAGAUGUAAGACCUAUGGGCGAUAUGGAGAGACAAGGCACUGGUACGAUCUCUUGGAUCUGGCUAGACUCACAUGUGGACAAUAGCAGCUCAGAAAAUGAGCGCGUUCAGGAUUGCGUUCGAGUAGAGUGGUGCAAAGCACGCGCACGCGCAAACCGUUGGUCGGAAGAAGUUGAACUUCUCCUCGAGGAGAUGCGGAGAGUUAUAGUCUUCUUGAAGUGGCAGGCGGAGUGGUGGGGUGGAAGGCGUAGCUCUCGAGCCUCGGAGUCGGCGGCUGAACAAGAAGGGCUGGCUGCGUAUGCAUGUCGACAGGCUAUGCUGCAUCUAUCCCUUGUCGCAUCCUUUCAGGCCCUAUGGAAAGAUGUACCGAAGUUUGUAAGCACCGCCUUGGAGAUCCCACCGGACAGUGAGGAUGAACCUACCAUCGACGUGCAGCCCCUGUUGUAUAACUGA